AUGAUGGACGUGGCCAAAGAGCGCAGCACGCCCCAGAUGGCGGCCCACCAACACCAGCAGCAGCAGCAACAGCAAGUCGGCGCAAAGCCCAAUCAGGAUGCAGGCUGUAGCGGCGUGUCCUCUACUUGUGGCGGCAGCACGCCAGAGCUGGGGAGCGCCGGCGGCAGCGGCCUGGCGCCAGCUGUGUGUCAGGAGAGGACGGCAGAGGAGAGGACCGGGGCCGGCCUGGUCCCGCGGGAGCCGAGCCGGCACAAUCACCGCCCGGGAUUACUGUUAUUGCCGCAACAAGGAUCCGCCGCUAAUCCGCGCCGCGCCGCCGACGCCGCCGCUUGGGGGACCGCCAGCUCGCCGGGUGCCCCUCCAGCACCCCCUGCUGCUACUGCCGCUGCCGCUGCUGCUGCUGCUGCUGCGCCGUCUCUGCACCACCGACAGGUGGGUACGGUGCUGCUGUACGGCGUGCCGAUCGUGUCGCUGCUGAUCGAGUCUCAGGAGCGGCUGUGCCUGGCGCAGAUCUCGAACACGCUGCUGAAGGAGUUCAGCUACAACGAGAUCCACAACCGGCGCGUGGCGCUGGGCAUCACGUGCGUGCAGUGCACGCCGGUGCAGCUGGAGAUCCUGCGGCGCGCCGGCGCCAUGCCCGUGUCUUCGCGCCGCUGCGGCAUGAUCACGCGCCGCGAGGCAGAGCGCCUCUGCAAGAGCUUCCUGGGAGACAACGCGCCGCCCCGCCUGCCCGAGGACUUCGCCUUCGCCGUCCACCACGAGUGCGCCUGGGGCUGCCGCGGCGCCUUCCUGCCCGCCAGGUACAACUCGUCGCGGGCCAAGUGCAUCAAGUGCGCCAUGUGCGGCCUCUUCUUCUCGCCCAACAAGUUCAUCUUCCACUCGCACCGCUCGGGGCCCACGGCCAAGUACGUCCAGCCGGACGCCGCCAACUUCAACUCGUGGCGACGACACCUACGGCUCAGCGGGUCGCCGCCCGAGGAGGUGGUGCACGCGUGGGAGGACGUCAAGGCCAUGUUCAACGGCGGCACCCGCAAGCGCCUCAUGGCCUCGUCGUCGUCGUCCUCCUCCUCCUCGUCGGUCUCGUCGGCGUCGUCGGCCUCGUCACCGGCUUGCAAGCAGCCCAAGCUGACGCCCGCCCCCGCACCUGCACGCGUGCCACCCUUUCCGGACCUGCCGCUUCCGCUCUCCAGGAGCCUGGUGAUGGACUACGUGUGGCACCAGAAACAGCAGCACUUCGCCUUCCCGCCGUACGCGGCUGCGCUGCCCUGGCUGGCGAGCGCCAAGCUGGGCUUCCCGCCCCCACCGCCGCCCCCGCCGCCUCCACCGUCCGCGCUCAGCCACGCAGACCUGCAGCCCAAGGCGCCGUACCAGUCGGCGUUCCGGCCGGUUCUGCCGGCUGCUGCCGCGGCCGCUGCGGCUGCCGGCGUCGCCGCCGUCGCGACGCCCCAGCCGUCUGCGCCCGCUGCUCUCGUCGCCGCCGAAAACCUCGCUGAGGAAAGAAGAGGUUCUCCUCUUGCAGGCUACAGUAUUGAGCAGAUACUGGAGGUACUGGAGCGUUCCCUUGAAACAGCUCUUGUGUUCUCGCAGGCCUCGGUGGGCGACGCUCCGAGCCCCACGGGCAUUGGGGCCAGCGCCGAAGACGAAGACGACGACGAGACGCUGGUCGACAUCGAGAGCACCGAAGAUGAGCCACCCCCGGCGCCCACCCCCGCCACCCCCACUAACGCUCCAGCGCCGCGGCUCUGGAAAACCGCCUCGCCCAAGGUUGAGGAAGAAAUCGCAGAGCAGCAAGACAGCCCAGCCGGAGGUGAAGGUCAGGCGGUUCCGCGGCCGGGCCUGUGGGCUGUGGCGCGCCUCUCGCUGGAGCACCCCGAGCGCGCCCUCUACCGCAGCGAGGUCGCCAGGCAGCUGCACAUCAUGAGGGGAAGCUCGCCGCCUAAUAGGCUUAUGCGACGCGUCGCUCUGAACACCAAUUACGUCUGCGGCGGGCGUAGACGCGAUGUGCUGGCGCGCCUCCCGGCGCUGUGUCUGCAUUCAGAGCGCAGCUGUCUGCCCACGUCAGCUACGCAGCUUACUAGUGCAGGCUUGUUAUCAAAAGUUCUCUCUCCACUGUAA